GUGGCGGGAGCGCGGAUCCGACUUUGGGACUCUCGGGCAGGGGCGUCUUUGGAGGGGGUGCCACGCGGAAACCGGGUCAAUGUGGGGACCUUGGGGACCCCCGGCUGGAGAUCGAGAUCGAUGGACGGGACUAUCAAGGAGGCUCUCUCAGUGGUGAGUGAAGAUCAAUCCCUCUUUGAUUCUACCUACGGAGCUGGUGCUCACCUUUCCAAGGCAGACAUGACGGCCUCAGGGAACCCGGAUUAUGGUCAACCACACAAGAUCAACCCUUUACCUCCCCAGCAAGAGUGGAUCAAUCAGCCAGUCCGUGUCAAUGUUAAGAGGGAAUACGAUCAUGUGAAUGGAUCCAGGGAAUCUCCAGUGGAUUGCAGUGUUAGCAAAUGCAACAAACUGGUUGGUGCUGGUCCAGAAUCCAACCCUUUGAAUUAUGGCACCUACAUAGAUGAGAAGAACGGACCUCCCCCUCCCAACAUGACCACCAAUGAGAGAAGAGUCAUUGUUCCAGCAG